AUGUCACAUGGUACUGCCGAUCGGCGAUCAUUUCCCCUCCGAAAUUGCCCUCCAAAAGAAACAAGAAGAAAAAUCAAACCAAAAUUUGGCCAAAAACUUAUUCGAAGAUGGAAAUUCUAUUCCGUCAACCCCAUUGCAAAUGCGCUUCUAAGCCGAUCUUGGAAUUAGGGUUUUUAAUCUUUAAGAAGGUGGAGGGGUUCUUUUAGGUUCUGUUUUUCUUAUAUUGCUGGCAAAGGCAUGGCUAAGGGAAAGCUUAUUGCUGUCUGCCAGUCGGGAGGAAAGUUUACACCAAGUAGUGAUGGUUCGUUGUCAUAUACUGGCGGAGAUGCUCAUGCUAUCAGAAUAAACACUGAUAGCAAAUUUGAUGAGCUGAAGGCAGAAGUGGCAGAGAUGUGGAAGUCUGAUCCUGAUUCCUUCACCAUUAAAUAUUUCCUUCCUCACAACAAUAAGACGAUCAUCACAAUUUCCAACGAUCAAGACCUGCAACACUUGCUGGAUUUUCAUGGAAACUCUGCAACCGUGGAUGUUUAUGUCUUAACAAAUGUGAAUCAAAUGAGUGACCAGUUGACAAUGUCCCACAGUAGGUCCAGAAUGGUGGAUGAGCCUGUGACUUCUCCUGAUAGUUUUACUCAUCCUGCUUCUGUUUCUGGAGACACUGAGCAACUUGAUUGGUUGGCUUCUAUUGCUUCUGUUUCCAGAGAUAUGAACCAUCCCAAUAACUUGACCCCUGAAGCUCCUAACGAUAAGGAUAAUGGGCUGCAGAAACUUGUUAAAUCUUGGGAAAAUUGCUUAACUGGUCUGGAUCAGCAGUUCAAUAAUGUUUAUGAUUUCCGUGUUGCUCUGAAUAGAUUCUCCAUAGCUCAUGGCUUUAAGUAUACCUUUAAGACCAAUAAUGCUAGGUAUGUGAUUGCGACUUGCAAAGCUGAAGGCUGUCCUUGGAGCAUUCAAGCUGCAAGGUUGUCCACCACAAAGUUGUUUCUAAUUAAAAAGAUGAGUGAAACUCAUAGCUGCGGAGCAGGAAAAAGUUCUGCUAGAUGUCCCCAGGUCUCUAGUAAGUUGGUCAAAAUUCUUGUAAAGGAAAAGUUGCGAGAUGCCCCAGAUGCUAAACCGAGAGAAAUUGCUGAUGAAAUUCUUCAGGAUUAUGGAUUUAAAGCAAGAUAUUCACAGGUAUGGCGUGGAGUAGAGACUGUCAAGGAGAAGCAUCAAGUUCCAUAUGAAGAGGGUUACAAUCAAUUACCUAGUCUAGUUAAGCAGAUGGUAGAGAACAAUCCAGGUAGCAUAGCAACUCUAUUCACCAGGGAGGACUUAAGCUUCCAUCGUCUAUUUGUUUCCUUUCAAGCUUCAUUACAUGGUUUCAAGAAUGGUUGCCGCCCCCUUCUUUUCCUUGACACUAUGACCAUAAAAUCGAACUAUCAGUCUCAGCUGCUGACUGCUACAGCUUUGGAUGGAAAUGACGGCGUUUUCCCUGUUGCAUUUGCUGUAGUUGAUGUUGUGAAUGAUGAUAAUUGGCAUUGGUUUUUGGUGCAACUAAAAUCUGCAAUUUCAACAUUCCAACCACUAACAUUUGUGGCAGAUAGACAGAUUGGGUUUAAAAAGCCUAUUUCCAUGAUAUUUAAGAAUUCGCACCAUAGUUAUUGUCUCCGUCGUCUGACUGAUAAAUUAAAAAAGGAUCUAGAUAUCUUAUAUACUGAAGAAGUACUUCAAGUAAUUGUCACGCAUUUCUAUGAUGCUGCUUGUGCAACCACACUUGAUGGAUUCAGUAAGUGUAUUGAGAACAUCAGAAAUAUUUCACUUGAGGCUUGUGAAUGGAUCUUGCAAAGUGGACCUGAACACUGGGCAAAUGCUCUUUUUCAUGGUUCACGAUACGGACACUUUAAAGCAGAUGUUGCUGAGACAUUUUACACUUGGGUAACUGAACUUCCAGUCUUACCAAUUGUUAAAUUGAUUGAGACUAUCUGCCAUAAGAUGAUGGAGUUGGUGAAAACUCAGCUUUCAGAUUCAGGUCAGUGGUUGACAAAAUUAACUCCCCUCGUGGAGUAUAAAUUACAGCAAGAUAUUCUGAAAGCUAACAUGCUUAAAGUGUCAGUAUCACACGCGAGCACUUUUGAGGUCUGUGACAGUUUGGGUGCAAUGGAUGUAGUGAACAUUGAUCUCUGGGACUGUAGCUGCAGGGAAUGGCAAUUGAAAGGGUUUCCGUGUUGCCAUGCUGUUGCUGUCCUUCAGUGGUCAGAAAGGAGUUUAUAUGAUUAUUGCUCCGAGUACUAUACAGUUGAUGCUUUCCGGUUGACAUAUUCAAACUCCAUAUAUCCAGUUGCAACAGCAGAUAGGCCAGUGCAAAAGAAAUCUUCAAAAAUUGAAGUACGCCCUCCUCCUCUCUAUCCUGCCUCUGGCCCUCCUAAGAAGAGAAGGAUACGAAAUAGACAUAAAGGACCCUUUAAGCGGCCUCUGCAUUGCAGCAAGUGCCAAGGAGCUGGACAUAAUAGAGCAACAUGCCGUAUAUUUUCAUAGUCGCACUAGUGUUCCUGAGGGGAUGUAAUAUAACUGCAGAUACUCUCUUGGGAGUUGGGGAUGGAAUAAGUUAGAAAUGCCUAACCCCAUUGAAAUGUAACACAAGUAUUGGCGGGCCUCACAAUUUUGGGUGGGACACCCAUGUUCAUCUAACAUUAGCAUUGCCAAUAGUUAUCAAUCAGAAGUAUGUUUUUUGGUGAUAAAGCCAUUUUCUUCUUUAUAAUUUUCAAGAAUGGUGUAUUCUUUUUACUGGUCUCAAUAUGUUGGUAUAGAUUGCUGAGUUGGAUUCUUUGAA